AAUUUUUAUUUCUAUGAUCCCUUUCUUGUUUCACAAAAAUAAGGCCUAUAAAUCUUUUUCUGAUGUUGGGUAUCAAAACCAGUACAUAAAUAGAAGGCACUAGCUUCUGAUACUGAACAAGUUUCCAAUCCAACAAAAACAUGGGAGGAUUAAGCUGUUUUGGGAUAUUUGUCUUCACAUUUUUAGCAUAUAUAGGCUCAACCGAAGCUCAACUUCAGAUGGGCUUUUAUGCUCAAAGCUGCCCAAGAGCUGAGCAGAUUGUUCAAGAUUUUGUUAACCAGCAUAUCCCUAAUGCUCCAUCACUGGCAGCUACCCUCAUCAGAAUGCAUUUCCAUGAUUGUUUUGUCAGGGGUUGUGAUGCGUCUGUGCUUCUAAACUCCACAUCAAACAAUCAAACUGAAAAAACUGCAACUCCAAAUGUAACAUUGAGAGGCUUUGAUUUCAUUGAUAGAGUUAAGAGCUUGCUGGAAGCAGAGUGCCCUGGUGUAGUUUCUUGUGCAGAUAUUAUUGCUUUGGUUGCCAGGGACUCUAUAGUAGCUACUGGUGGCCCUUCCUGGAGAGUUCCAACAGGAAGAAGGGAUGGGACAAUCUCAAAUACCUCAGAAGCCUUGGCAAGCAUCCCUCCUCCGACGAGCAACUUCACCAAUCUCCAAAGACUAUUUGCUAAUGUGGGACUGGACCUGAAAGACUUGGUGGUGCUUGCAGGCGCACACACAAUCGGGGUAGCUCAUUGUUCAUCAUUUUCAAAUCGGCUAUACAAUUUUACAGGCUUAGGCGAUCAGGACCCUGCUCUGGAUAGCGAAUAUGCAGCAAAUCUCAAGGCAAGGAAGUGCACAACUCCUAAUGACAAUACCACCAUUGUUGAGAUGGAUCCUGGAAGUCGAAAAACAUUCGAUCUUAGCUACUAUUCUAAUUUGCUUAAGAGAAGAGGACUUUUCCAAUCAGAUUCCGCCUUGACCACAAACUCUGCUACAUUGACCACAAUCAACCAGCUGCUCAGUGGUUCACUGCAAAAUUUCUAUGCUGAAUUUGCUACUUCCAUGGAGAAAAUGGGCAGAAUCAAUGUCAAAACUGGUUCUGCUGGUGAGAUUAGGAAGCAAUGUGCAGUGGUGAAUAGCUGAAUAAGGACUUUUUUUUCUUUUUUAUUACUGUUCUUGGUUUGGUUUUGUAUGUCGGUUUUCAAUAAUUAAAUUUAUUUUCUCUGUUUAAAUAUUAGAAUGUGCAUAACUGCCUGUAAUAAUCAUUUAUUGCAUUAAUCACCUUUCAUUUUGUGAUAUUA